AAGACACACUACCUGGCCUACCUUUUUUUCAACCUUUGACCUCUACUCUUGAUUGAGUGGGUACCGAUUAAUACCAAUUGAAGAGAACAGACAACCAGUCGAUCAAAAUGACGAAGAUUUUUAUGACGGGAUCAACAGGCUACAUUGGCGGCGAUGCCAUGUAUGCCAUCGCGACAGCUCACCCCGAGUACGAAAUCACGGCUCUCGUGCGAAAUAGCGACAAAGGCGCUAAAGUGGCUGCCAAAUUCCCGAACGUGAAGCUCGUGUAUGGAGAUUUGGACAGUGUGGAUGUUCUCGAGCGAGAGUCGCGGGCUGCGGAUAUUGUUUGUCACUGGGCACAUGCCGACCACGAACCUUCCGCCCAAGCCAUCAUCAAAGGCCUUGCCAGCCACGAGCCCUCGAAACCAGGAUUCUUGAUCCACACCAGUGGAACGGGGAUUCUCAUGUGGCAGGAUACGGCCGAGGCCCAAACGAAUGGCUAUGGCAAGAACUUUCGCGAGAAAAUCUACGAUGAUCUCGAGAAUGUGGGAGAAGUGACUUCGCUGCCCGAUGAGGCUUCGCACCGCAAUGUCGACAAAAUUGUGCUUGCUGCUGCGAAAGACCUGGCGGAUCGUCUCAAGACGGCGAUUGUGUGUCCUCCGACGAUUUAUGGUCCGGGACGAGGACCGGAUAAUCAGCGCUCGCUGCAGGUUCCGGAACUCAUCAGAUGUUCGUUGGAGCAGGGACAAGCUAUCAAGGUCAACGAGGGCAAGACAUAUUGGUGCGAUGUACACAUUCAUGAUCUCUCAGCGUUGUUCCUCAAGCUGGUGGAGGAAGCAGCAGCGGGUGGUUCGACAAAGGAGUGGCCCGGGAAGCCAGCGACAUGGGGACCAGAAGGUUACUACUUUUGCGAGAAUGGUGAACAUGUCUGGGGUGAAGUGUCGCAGUGGAUUGCAGAUGAGGCGAAGAAGGAGAAGUUGAUCGAGAGCAGUGAGGUCAAGUCGGUCACAGCAGACGAGGCAGAAGCACUGGCGCAGUACGGCAAUCUGCUAUGGGGCGCCAAUUCGAGGUCUCGAGCAAAGCGCGCCAAGGUGCUGUUCGGUUGGAAGCCCGAGGGUUGCAGCCUGAAGGAGGACAUUCCGAGAGCGGUCGCAGUGGAGGCGUCGAGACUGAAGAUCAAGCCCGGUCAUGCUGCUGUCGCUGCUGGCGACAAAUGAAUUCUGUAGUGGGGAUCAUAAUAUAAGGUAUCGGUACAUGUAGAUAUGCCCCCUCUCGCCACGAUGCUACUGCAGCUUUGUGUGAGACGAAACAUUGCGAUGCCUAGUUUGAG